AUGGGUGAGAUUCGAUUUUGGAAAGCAAUGGCGUGGAGGGUGGAUUUGAAGGUGAUGACAAGCCAGCAUGCUUUCCCAGUGGUUCAGCCUAAUAAGUCUGGCUUCCUUCCCUGCCCCUCCUCACCCCAGGUGAUCAGAUGCAAAGCAGCCAUACUCUGGAAGCCUGGUGCGCCAAUCUCCAUGGAGGAGGUAGAAGUGGCCCCGCCAAAGGCAAAGGAAGUCUAGAUAAAGGUGGUGGCCACAGGACUCUGUGGUUCAGAUAUAAAAUAUUUGAAGGAAAUUUCUGGCUUUUUCCCCAUCAUUUUUGGCCAUGAAGGGACUGGAACAGUUGAGAGUGUGGGAGAAGGAGUGAGCACAGUGAAGGCAGGUGAUAAAGUUAUCAUACUCUCCCUACCACAAUGUGGAGAAUGUAACAUUUGUUUGAAUUCUGAAAGUAAUAUGUGUAUAGAAUUAACAUAGUCACUAACCCACCUGAUGUCUGAUGGCAUGAGCAGGAUCACCUGCCAGGGGAAGUCAGUGUACCAGUUUGGAACAGUGAGCACCUUCUCUUCAUACACAGUGGUGAAGGAGAUCUCAGUUGCCAAGAUUGAUGUGGAGAUGCCUCUAGAGAAAGUGUGCUUCUUCAGCUGUGGAUUUUCCACUGGGUUUGGUGCUGUGAUCAGUUAUGCCAAGGUGACUCCAGGCUCUACCUGUGCUGUGUUUGGCCUGGGAGGAGUUGGCCUGUCUGUGAUCAUGGGCUGUAAAGCAGCAGGAGCAGCCAGGAUCACUGCAGUGGACAUCAACAAACACAAGUUUGAGAAGGCAAAGAUAGUGGGUGCCACUGAGUGCAUCAACCCACAGGACUUCAAGAAACGCAUUCAAGAAGUUAUAUUUGAUCUGCUAGGUGCUGGUGUAGAGUUUUGCUUUGAGGUCAUUGGAAAUCCAGACACCAUGGUAUCCGCCCUGGCCUCCUGCCACAAGAGCCACGGGGUCUGCAUUAUUGCUGCUGGCGUUCAACUCACUUUUGACAGCCAGCUGUUCUUCUCAGGACGUGCUUUGAAAGCGCCCAUUUUUGGAGUCUGGAAGCCCAGAGAACACGUUCCUAAACUAAUUUCUGACUAUGCGGUGAAAAAGUUUAGCCUAAUUACCCAUACUCUAAACCUUGACAAGAUCAAUGAAGCAUUCGAGUUACUGAAAACUGGUAGAUGUAUCCGCUGUGUCCUGCUACCUUAA